AUGGCUCAGCGACACAUGUGCCCUUCAAUGGGUGCCUUGAGGCGCUCACUAAUAGGAGAUGUAGCAGCAUUGCCUAAAUGCCCGUCGAGGGCACUCCACAGCACCGCGAAGAAACUGGAAGAGCAACCCAGCGACGCAUCUCCAGCCCACCCGCCAAAUACACGCAAAGCUCGACAAGCGACUGCUCUCAAGCAGAUCACUUCCCUCCAAAAUCGCCGCAUCCAGCCCGGCGCACUCGCUCGAGGCUCCUUUCCAGGCGGUCAGAUGGCACAACGAAACCCCCGCUCGCCCUCCACUCCGGUCAACAAAGAUGGUUUCAUCCCCGAAGACGUUGCCCCGGCCGAUGCGCAGCCAGACGCAAACCCCCGCUUCGCCCGCAACACAGCACGCCCAACGACGACCCGCGGCUCGACCCCUCCCCAGGGCCAAAUGGUCCGCGCCCCCUCCACACUGCGUAUAACCCGUCAAGCAGUUGACGGACCUGCUCGUGGGCCUGCUCGUGGACCCAACGUGCGUGGCCCCAAUCUACGCGGCCGAGAGGGCGGUAGACCAGGACCAGGUGGAAAACGUGCUGGUGCAACAGGCAACAACCGUGGCGACGGUGGCCCGAAGAAGCGUGGAAAGAACGCUGGUGGUGACGAAUCAAUGCCCACUUCCCUUGCGGACGUGAGUAUCGGCGAAACAAUCUCAGACAGCAUGAAGCAGCAGCUUCUGCGCCUGCAAAAGAAGGAGUGGGACCGCGUGCCUUAUGAGCCCAAGUACGCCAAGGGCAGUUUUGCAGCGAACGAGCUGAUACAUGCUGGAAGGGAGCUGUUCAAGGGCGAGGCUCCGCCAGUCAAGAUUUGGGGACCUCUUGAGCACAGGAUCGGCGUUGUGGGCAUGUUUGGAGCCGAGGCACAUUUGAAGGUCCGCAGGGUGCCUGAUGGGGACGCAGAGCCGUUCGGGCAAGAGAUACUCGAGGAUGAGGGGCCAGUCGAGGUCAGUGGCGUGGAGAAGAAACAGGCUGUUGUACAAUAA